GCAGAAGAAAGGAUGCCUCUCCAGAGUCUCCUUCAACAUCUCUCCUUCUUGAAAACGUUUAAUUUAUCCCCCUUCUCUCUUUUCUUUUAGUUCUACGCUCUUUCGUCUUUCAAAUUUGAUAAAACCACGCCGCCGAUGGCAGAUCCACCCCUAUGUCAAUUGUUAUAACUUAGUCAACGCCGUCAGAAAUUUAUCUGGUUUGUCACAAAUUAGGUGAAUUGAUGGGAUUUUUUUUUUCCACAAGACGCAAGAACACCAAAUUUGACUGGACUUUGCUACAUUGACUGACCAUCUAUGCAAUGCUCUAAAUAAUUAUGAACUGGGCGAUUUACUGUUGAAAAUAUCCCUUACCAAAAUCUCCCUCCGAACUAUCUUAUGGUAUUUUAUAUUAGAGAUCAGCGGAAGGCCUGGAAUGAAAAACUCAUUAAUUCUCCCAUGAAUAUGAUACUUAUAUUUCUUUCUCUUCUAAGCUCGCUGAGUUUCGUAGUAGAAGCUAAUUCACUUCCGACAUAUCUUUACCAUGACUGCCUGAACACCACUUUCAACAACGGCAGCGCCUAUCAAACAAACCUCGAACUUUUCUUGGCUGAUCUUGCCAGGCAGGCCUAUCUCGACGAUAAAUAUUCCAUCGGUUUCUACAACGCUACCAAAGGCAAUGACCCUGACAAGUUGUAUGCCCUCUUUCUUUGCCGCGGCGAUGUCAAUAAGGAAAUCUGUCAAUUCUGUGUUAAUGUCGCAACCAAAAACUUAACUACUGAUCUUUGUCCUUCUGGAGAACAAAGUAUAAUAUGGUACGAUGAGUGCCUUUUCCGCUAUUCAAACCAGUCUUUCUUUUCUAUCAUGAGCCUGGAUCCCGGUAUUAUACUGUAUAAUACGCAAAAUAUUACAGGCAGUAUGUUUGGUGAGAAACUUGUCAGGUUGUUGAUGGAGGCUAAGGCUGAGGCUGUAAACAAUUCUAAAAUGUUUGCAACCAGAAAGGUUAAUUUGGAUGAUUUUCAUACACUGUAUGGUCUAGUGCAGUGCACGCCGGAUCUGUCAAAAUUUGCCUGCAAUAGCUGCCUUGAAACAGCUUUUGCAAAUUUAAGAACAUCACAAGUAGGAUCAAGAGUGCUGUUUCCAAGCUGUAGUGUCCGCUACGAACUAUACUCGUUCUAUAAUGAAGGAGAGCCACCAGCACCUCUACCACUUCUGUCUCCACCUCCGCCUCCAACACAACCUCCACCUCCACCUCCAAUUUCUUCCAAAGGAAGAAAAAAAACAUGGAUUGCGGUAGGCGCGACAGGAUCGGCGAUUAUAGUACUACUACUUGGCUCUUCCCUUCUGUGGAGAAGACACAAAAGAGAUAAAGUGUGCCUUGUAGAGGAGAAAUCAACCAAUGAUCAUGAAGUUCAACUACUUCACUUAGGAGAGGGCAGCAUUGGAGGUGAUUAUUCAUAUGAUAUAUUACAAGGACAUGAAUCUCAAGAGUUUCCCCAUUUUCCAUUAGGCAUCAUACUAGAGGCCACACAAAAUUUUUCUGAUGAAAAUAAGCUUGGUGAAGGUGGGUUUGGCCCUGUGUACAAGGGAAUAUUAGUGGAUGGUAAGGAAGUUGCAGUGAAGAGGCUUUCAAGAACUUCUGGGCAAGGGCUAAAAGAGUUAAAAAAUGAAGUUACUUUAAUUUCUAAAUUACAACACAAAAAUCUUGUGAGACUCUUGGGAUGUUGCUUAGAGGGGAAUGAGUCAAUGCUUAUCUAUGAAUACAUGCCGAACAAAAGCCUUGACUUCCUCCUUUUUGAUUCAACUAAGAGCUUAAAACUAAACUGGAAAAGACGUAUAAGCAUCAUUAAUGGCAUUGCACGAGGUCUUUUGUAUUUGCAUGAAGAUUCUCGACUCAAAGUAAUUCAUCGCGAUCUCAAAACUAGUAAUGUUUUAUUGGAUAAUGAGAUGAAUCCUAGAAUAUCAGACUUCGGAAUGGCCAGAAUAUUUGGUGGAAAUCAAAACGAAGCUAACACGAAGAGAGUUGUUGGCACAUAUGGAUACAUGGCUCCAGAAUAUGCCAUGGAAGGAUUAUUUUCAGUUAAAUCUGAUGUUUUCAGUUUUGGAGUUCUUUUGCUUGAGAUUCUGAGUGGGAAAAAGAACAGUGGAUUCUAUCUUUCAGAACAUGGCCAAAGCUUGCUUAAUUAUGCUUGGAAGUUAUGGUGCGAAGGACGUGCAUUAGAGCUAAUGGAUCCCGUUUUGGUGCAUUCAUGUGUGCCAGCUGAAUUAUUGAAAUACAUGCAUGUUGGAUUGUUGUGCGUUCAGGAAGAUCCGGCAGACAGGCCUACCAUGUCAUCUUUAGUGGUCAUGUUGGCAAGUGAUACAAUAGUGCUUCCUAAACCAACUGAACCUGCAUUUUCUGUUGGCAGAGUUGUCAAUUUAGCUCAAUCUUCAUCAGAUGGAAAAGUUGCCUCCUCCAAUAACGAGGUAACCCUUUCAAGUGUUUCACCUCGAUGACAAUUGUUCUAUGGUUAACUGCAUUUAUGUAAAUUUCCUUAUUUAUUGAAAGCUACAAAAGUAUGUUACGUAAAUUUUGUUAUUUUACUGCCUUAUUCCUUUGAUUAUUUUAGUCACAAUAUGGAAUAACGUUUAAUCAUUUUGUUGAAAAAUGAACGUAUUAGAAAGAA